GCGGGGCGGGGUCACGUGCCGCCCGCCUCCAGGUGGAGGUCGCGGGCUGGCCACGGGGGAGGAAGGUGCUUUCCUCGCUGACCCGGCCUCGGCGAGCAGCGGCGGGCAGGCCAAGCCCAGGUGCCGGCAGAAUGUCCCUGGCUGCUUAUUGUGUUGUCUGUUGUAGAAGAAUGGGAACCUCAACUCCUCCUCCAAAGAGCAGCACAUACUGGAGAGAUAUCAGAAACAUAAUAAAGUUUACUGGAUCACUUAUUUUAGGAAGUUCGCUAUUUCUUACAUAUGAACUUCUGGCCCUGAAGAAGUCUUUGACAUUAGAUACUCAAGUCGUAGAAAGAGAAAAAAUGAAGUCAUAUAUAUGUAUGCACACAGUUGUUUUAGAUAAAAGAGAAAAUCAUGGACUCAUUUACCAGGCGCGAAAAGAGCUUCACAAAACAGUAAGAAGAAUAUUGGCAACCUCGGCCAAGAUAUUACAGGGUCCGUUUGCUGACACUUUUAGCACAGUUGACAUGGAAGAUCAUGAAUGUGCCGCGUGGCUGCUCCUGAAGAGGAGCAGGUCGGGUGACAGGACGGCCCGAUUGCAGGCUGUGCAGGCCAUGUCGGAGGCCCACCACUGGAAUGAUUACCAGUAUAGGACAAUUGCUCAAGCCUGCGAUCUGAGAACUCGUAUUGGUUUGGCACGAAGCCAAGAGAGUGAUCUUCGCUUUUUUCUCCCUCCACCUCCUUUACCAGCUUUAAAUGAAGAUUCUUCCAUUGAAGAAGAGCUCAGACGCUUGCUGGCUUCUUUACCUCAAACGGAGCUGGAUGAGUGUAUCCAGUAUUUUACAUCUUUGGCUCUGAGCGAAAGCAGUCAGAGUCUAGCGGCUCAGAAGGGUGGCUUAUGGUGUUUCGGAGGAAAUGGACUUCCUUAUGCUGAGAGCUUCGGAGAAGUUCCUUCAGUGACCGUGGAAAUGUUCUGUUUAGAAGCUUUAGUAAAGCAUUCGGAGAUACCCACACACUGUGAUAAAAUCGAAGCAAGUGGAGGCUUGCAACUACUUCAGAAGAUGUACCAACUUCACAAGGACUGCCCCAAAGUACAGAGAAAUAUAAUACGUAUCAUUGGAAACAUGGCUUUGAACGAACAUCUUCAUUCAACUAUAGUUCAAUCAGGCUGGGUUUCCUUACUGGCAGAAGCACUGAAGUCUCACCACAUUGUGGAGGCCUCCCAUGCCGCCAGAACCCUGGCUAACCUAGACAGAGAGACGGUGCAAGAAAAGUACCAGGACGGCGUGUACGUGCUUCACCCCCAGUGUCGCACAAGUCAGCCCAUUAAAGCAGAUGUCCUUUUUAUUCACGGCCUUAUGGGAGCAGCAUUCAAGACGUGGCGUCAACAGGACCAGGCGCUAACUGAAAAGGUUUCAGGGGAUGAAACCAGGUAUACAACAUGUUGGCCCAAGACAUGGUUAGCAAGAGACUGUCCCGCUCUCCGAAUUAUCUCUGUGGAGUACGACACCAGCCUUAGCGACUGGAGAGCGAGGUGCCCGACAGAAAGAAAGUCCAUUGCAUUCAGGAGCAACGAACUUCUUCAAAAACUCCGAGCUGCUGGUGUUGGGGACAGGCCGAUGGUUUGGGUGUCACACAGCAUGGGGGGUCUUCUUGUCAAGAAGAUGCUGUUGGAAGCGUCUCAGAACCCAGAGAUGAGCACUGUUAUAGACAACACCCGAGGGAUAAUAUUCUACAGCGUCCCUCACCACGGGUCCCACCUGGCCGACUACUCCGUCAACGUCCGCUACCUUCUCUUUCCCUCAUUGGAAGUCAAGGAACUCAGCAAGGAUUCUCCUGCGCUUAAGGCACUACAGGAUGACUUCCUGGAGUUUGCUAAAGACAGAAACUUCCAGGUGCUGAGUUUCGUCGAGACCCUGCCAACCUCCAUUGGGAGCAUGAUUAAACUCCACGUGGUGCCCGUGGACUCAGCAGAUUUAGGCAUUGGAGAUCUAAUUCCUGUGGAUGUGAACCACCUGAACAUUUGUAAGCCAAAGAGAAAGGAUGCCUUUUUGUACCAGCGUACCUUACAAUUCAUCCGUGAAGCUUUAGCCAAAGACCUUGAAAACUGACCAUUACCUUCCAUUUUUCAUGUGAACACAGUGCAAGAAGCUUGGUGGUCUCUUUCGAAGCAAUCAUGCAAACACAGCCACUGUGGCAUCAGCGUGGUCUGGAGCAUGUUGCAGGCAACAGAACACUGCAAAGCACAAGCGCAGAAGUGGCAAUCAAAGAAGGAAGGGCAGACGGAUUCUUUCCAUUUCAAGGAGCUCCGUGUGUGCAGUUUAUGCUGUGCAGUGUUGUCCCUGGUGAACAAGCUGCUGUGGGUAGAGAGUACCUUUGUCACCUGUGACCGUCUAUCGCUUACCCUUGCGGCGCACUGAUGGCUUCUGAAGGGAUAGCGAAUCGUCAGCUUACCAUAACAAUGCUACUGGGAGAGUACCUAGAAUGGGCAGGAGAACGAUCUAGAACAUAAAAGACUGUUUUUGUUCUGGGAUUCCAUGUGCUGUAAAUUUUUACUAACAUGUAAGUAUAAACCUUUGUCUAACAUGUUAACUGUUAGACCUGUUGCCAGUCAUGGCUCAGUUCCUUGUAUGUUUUUAUUUUCAUAUGGCUGAGAACAGAUAUUUCUCUUCAAAAAAUCUAGCUUACAGAAAUUCUUUCCAUACUUUAGCUACCUAUACUUGUAUUUUUCCCAGAUAAAGUAGCUAAUCCAUUAUUGAUCACAGUGUGAAUAAAACUAUUCUAAGCCAUUAUAUAGAUUAGUAAUACUUAGUAUCAAGAUUCUCAGGUUCUCUUGAGGCCAAGUAAAAUAUCCCUUUCUUUCCUGCUCCUUUGACCUCCAGCAAGUGAGAAAUAGGAAAUCAUGUUGACUUUUUCUAAAUAAUGGCAUUAUUGAGAUAUGAUUCACAUUUCAUAAUAUUACCCUCUUAACUCAAGGUCAUUUAUUUUUAGUAUAUUUACAGAGUUGUGCAAUCAUCACCACUGAUCUCAGAACAUUUUUAUCAUCCCCCCAAGUAACCCCAUAACCCGUAGCGAUCACUCCUCACCUUUUCUCCCCCCAGCCCUGGCAAACACUAAUCUACUUAGUCUCUAUGGAUUUGCCUAUUUUGGACUUUCAUAUAAAUGGAAUUAUACACUAUGUGCCCUUCUAUGUCUGGCUUCUUUCUCUUAGUAUAAUGUUUUCAGGGUUCAUCCAUGAGGAAGCAUGUAUCGGGGCUUCGUUCCUUUUUAUGGCCAAGUAAUAUUCCAUUGUAUGGAUAUACCACACUUAUCAGUUGAUGGACAUUUAGAUUCUUUCGAAUUUGGGGGUAUUAUGCUGCUUGAACAUUCAUGUACAUUUUUUUUGUGUGGAUGUAUGUUUUUCAUUCUCUUGGAUGUAUACUAGGAGUGGAAUUGCUGGGUCUUAUUAAGCUCACUAGAGACCUGGUGCAUGAAUUUGUGCAUGGGUGGGGUCUGUUCUGGCCAGCCCGCCCCAAUCGAGGCAAUUGGGUGGGGCUGAUUGGGGGGGGGGGCCUGCGGGCAGUUGGCUGGCCAAUCCUGCCCCCUGGUUGAACUCCCAGUCGAGGGGACAUUUUGCAUAUUAGCCUUGUAUUAUAUAGCAGCAGUUCUCAACCUGUGGGUCGCAACCCCUUUGGUGGUCGAACGACCCUUUCACAGGGGUCGCCUAAGACCAUCCUGCAUAUCAGAUAUUUACAUUACUAUUCAUAACAGCAGCAACAUUACAGUUAUGAAGUAGCAACGAAAAUAAUUUUAUGGUUGGGUCACAACAUGAGGAACUGUAUUUAAAGGGCCAGAAGGUUGAGAACAACUGUUAUAUAGGACAUAACCAUUUUGAAGAUGAUGGACAUUAUAGAAUGGGAUAGUCAAAGAUAAAACUGGAGUACAGAAUCUAGAGGUAAACAGGUCAUCAGCAUCUAAUUGUUUAAUUAUGCAACAACCUAACAAGUGACUUAACCACUGAGUUAUUGUGUAGAUACAGUGAAUGCAAUGGUUAUUAGCUAACAAUAGUAAGUAACAACAAUAAAUGCUAGCUAAUGGGAUGAUAUGGGGGAAAGGGUAGAUAUAUUUGGUUCAUUUGCUUUUCCUGUUUUCCAUGAACCAUGGCAGGUAAAAAACAUGGUUGAAAUAAUUGUUCAUUAACUUAGAGUAAUGCAAUGAAACCCCACUCCUUAAAAUCCCUAUAUAGCUGUUAUAGCUGUGCUUUUAAAAUAAGGUCUGGGAGAGAGAUCCAGUGUAGUACUAGAGUACAUAGUUUUUCAGGCAAGUCACUUAACGUUUCCUUUUAUUCUGCCUAUGAAAUGGAUAUAAAUGUACACAGGCUGACUUCAUCAGUUUUGUGACAGUUAAGUCAAUGUUUUUAAAAUAAUCAUUACAUGAAAAAUACUCUAAGAACACACAGUAUGAAAACAUGUAUUUGAAAUAGUUUCAAACUUAGACCAUCAGUAAACACUCUGGGAGUUUGAUCAGUUUUGUUUAAAUACCCUUUCUGGAAAAAAAUUCAAAUGAGGCUUCAUAGUGCCUUCUCCCUCAUGUGAAAAGCCACUUUUUAUGAUCUUGUUUAAGAAGGAAGUAAACAGAAUAUAGGUGUUACAGAACAAAUUACUGAAAGGAAGCUGUAAAUAUAGCUAGAAUGAAAAUGAAAAGUCAGUUAUUCUUACUUAUAACCUAUUUCUUUCUUUCUGGUUACAUUUCCCCCAAAGCUACCAGAUUACAUUGUCAGCCCUAAAUUUCAAGGGCACCGAGUCCCCUUUACCCCAGGGUUUAAAUUAAAUGUCGCCACAGAAAGAGACUAAAAAAGGAGGAUCAUGAUACCUUUCUGGACAGCAUCUCGACCAGUCACCCAGGUUACGCCGACACGCAGAAUAUGGUGGAGGAUGCAGGCCUCUGCCCUGUGGAUGCCUGAGGGUGGGGGCACCAGCAUUUACUUCCUAGUGAGAAAAAUAGUGCAGUAAUACAGUGAUGUGUCACAAUUCACAAUGCCCCUCAAACUCAAAUUCCUAAAAUUUGAGUUUUAAGCAUACCUUCCUGAAUUUUCACUCCUUCGUAAUAUCAAAUAUAUUGAAUGAGUUUGUUUUUAUUGACAUUUGGUAUAAAAAUUAUGUCCAUGAAAAAAUUGAAACAUGUUCAAUAAAUGUCACGUUAAAGUACUAACUACAA